ACUCACAAAUAUCUAAUAUUUGCCUACAAUCAAAAUGGCAAAGAACUCCAAAGAUUCCCAAUAUAAAAGGAUUUUCAAGUUGGAUAAUAGAAAGAAACAAAGCCAAAAUUCAGAUGAAGUGACAGGGAAAUCAAAAUCAACCAUGGCUUCUACAGGAUCAAACAUGGUACUUAUAGACUACAAUCAUACUCCAGGAAAAGUUCAUCAAAAGCAGGAAAUUAAAGGUAACAAGUCAAUUGACAACAAUAAUAAUGAUAAAUACUUUUCUGGUUAUAUUAAUCGAGUGAAGAACAAGAUGAGAACAACAACAACAAAUUUUGAUAUGGUUGAUGAUGGUGGUGGUGCUAGAAGGUCUACAACAAGAACAGAUAGUUUUAAUGAUACAAUUUCUCAUUACAUUAAUCGCGCAAAGCUCAAGAUUAGAACUACAACAAUUGUUAGGCGUAGUGAUCAUAAAUAAUGUAUCGUUUUAUAAUAUAUAUAAGUAUUGUAUUGAUGUUAUCGGAAUAAUAUUUAAAUAGACUCUAACGUUUGUUUUUGUUGA